AUGCAGAGAGAGAAGAGAGCAGAGUCUAAUACACUUUCUUCACAGAUCCCUGAGAAAGAUGCUGUGGGCCGCAGCGGGCCUAAGUUUCCCAUGGCCCAAAGUUUGCUGCAGCCAGAGACACUCUCCUCCCGUCCUGCUCAGCUACUAGUAGAGCUCCUACCUGAACGGCAUCCAGCCGCGAAGUGCCGCGGCAAAACAGAGUCACGAGCACUAGAAGACAGGCAGUCGCAGGUGAGUUACUCCCUGAGACACAGGGACCUAGUGCCUCCAGGCUCCCUGCGUCCAGCAGUGCCACAAGUGGCGCACGUGCAUCCAAACUCGCUGGAUCACGGGAGAACACAGAGAUGUCCUAUGUGGCUGCUGCCCAUACGGCAGUCAGACGCAAUGUUUCGG